CACCUCGCCCCUACUACCGCCCUCUCCAGCUGACGACUGAAAGGUUUCGCUUUUAACAGUUCUGAUGAUGACAAAAACUGGUUCUGUCUUAUUUUGUAAGGGUUUUAACUUCCUUAGGUGGAGUUCUUAGGCAGGCAAAGAUGUUGUACACCGUGACCAAUUCAUUGGGCGAAGACGUCGGGGAAAUAGCUAUUUGGAUAGGAAAUAAGAUCUAACAACACGUAGCAGAAUACUUAAUGGCUUAGCCGCUCUCCCCAUCCCCCACAAGUUCCUGUCAUGGCUCGCCGCUCACAGUGCUCCUCUCAGGGGGACAACCCCCUGGACCCUCACUACCUACCUCCCCAUUAUCGAGAGGAGUAUCGGCUGGCCGUCGACGCUCUGGUGGAGGAGGACCUACAGGGAUAUUAUGAGUUCCUGCAGAGUGCAGAUGUAGUGGACUUCCUGUGUCCGCCAGAAGUGGACCACAUUAGGCGUUCAGUGCAGCUCCCCAGCCAGAACAUCCCGCCAGCGCUGCCGUACUUAGAGGCUGGGGACAAUGCGUCCUCUGACACUUACUGGCCCCUUCACUCUGACCUGGAGGCCCCAUCUCUGGACCUGGGCUGGCCUGAUCAUCACAGUUUUCUGGGGCCUACUGAGGUUACCAUGCUUGUGAACCCCUCGGACCCCAACAUGCCCAGUAUCAAGGAGCAGGCCCGCAGGCUAAUCAGUAAUGCUGAACAGGUAAUUGGUGUGGUAAUGGACAUGUUCACGGAUGUUGACAUCUUUGCGGACCUCCUGGAUGCUGCUAUGCGUAAUGUUGCCGUUUACAUCCUGUUGGACGAGCUGAAUGCACACUACUUCAGUGCUAUGGUCGCCAGCUGCAAAGUCAAUCUGGAGAAGAUCCCUCUAAUGCGAAUCAGGACUGUGUCGGGCACCACUUAUUUCUGCCGGACAGGAAAGUCUUUCAAGGGUCAGAUGAUGGACCGCUUCCUGCUGGUGGACUGCAAGGCUGUGCUCAGUGGGAAUUACAGUUUCAUGUGGUCUUUUGAGAAGAUCCAUCGUUGCAUUGCACACCUGUUCCUUGGGGAGCUGGUGACUACGUAUGAUGAGGAGUUCCGAAUCCUGUAUGCCCAGUCCCAGGCCCUUGUCACUGAAAGUGCCCUAGUUCCAUUGCCAGGAGAAAGUGGCUACAGCAGCCAUAUGACUCAGUCAUUCAGGGACCAUCUACCUAUGCAAAGCUCUUGCUAUGCUUCAAACUUGAGGCAGCCCUUUGGUGACAAAAUGGAUAUAGAGUAUAACAUGCUCCCAUUCAGAAGGGGUGAACCCUUCUGCAGCCCACUAGAGGCUUCCCAAAUGCAGAUGUACAGCAAUGUACACCCCUCCAAGCAUUUAAGAAUGGAGCAGUCUUUCAUGGAACAGGGCAGGUCUAUGAUGACCUCCAAGAAAAUGGAGAUGGCCCUCAAAAGGCACAGCUAUGCCGAGGGCAGCCAUGACAGCUAUGGGUCUUCUCAACAGUCAUCAAGGCAUCGAGUAAUGAACAACCUGGAAGAGAGUACACAUCUUUACAAGGAGCAGCAUUACUACCAUGAAGUUGGGUCAGGCUCAGGGCAUGGUAUAAAUUACAAUAUCAAGAGCCAAGGAUAUAAUCGGACAGACCAAUAUUUUGACAGUGGAUAUCCACUAGAGAUGGAACCACCUGGUGCCUACAGCCACAGAGCUGAUUACUUAUGUUCCAGUCCCUCCAAGGACAUUAUUCAUGACUCGGCAAAUCAUGACAAUAAUCCACAGAGUAUGAGCCAGCCAUAUAUCUGCCAGGCUUCCCCCACUCCCCUGCAUCAACCUGACUUGAGUGCUGUAAUGACCGAGGCCUCCCAUAAUCGGCAGCCACAAGAUCCUGGUACAAAGCAGGGGUUGCGGAAAUGGAGGAUAAACUCAUUCCUCUCUACCUUGGAAGAUGAUGAAGAAGCCCUGACAGAACCACUGGGGCCAGAUGCCUUUGAUGAGCUACCCAGAUUUUCAGAGGCAAAGUUGUGUACUCCAGAACCAUCAGUUGUCAAGUUUAAUACUGAAGAGUUCCCAAGGAUUAGCACAAGCAAACAAGAACUGAUACAACAAUAUAGCUGGUCAAACCAGCCUGAGGAACAAAAGCAUCCAUCUGGAAAACACGCUGCCAUGGCAACAGACUCCAAAGUGAUGCCAGAGGCUUCUGAGUCAUCCACUGCCACAAAAGAUGACAAAGCAGGGGAGAUGGAAGUAAGGGAGCCCAGAGAGAUCAGUAUCACCAAGCAAGAGUCAUUCCGCAGCAGAGUCAACCCUCUGCUUCAAAGAAGCUCUCGAUUAAGGUCUUCGCUGAUCUUCAGCUCAUGCAACUUGGAACAAAAUAGUUCAACGAUGAUAACUGCCUCUGGGCUUGAGUGUAAGGAAAACCGUAUUGAAGAGGAGAAUGACCACUUUAAAAAAUCCUCUGUUGUUGCUCAGAUUUUGGACAAAAAUCUGUCUGCAACAAGAAAACAGUUUGACUGGAGCAGUCACAGAAAGACAGCUGUAAAUGAAAACAAAAACCAAAUGUUGAAAGAAGAAUUAUCAAGUGAGAACGUAAUAAAGGAUCCUAAUAAGGAACCUAAGCUUGCAGAAAUAGCAGAACCUAAAGAUGACCAAAACAUGGCUUGUGACAAGGAGCUGUACAAAUGUGGCACAAACACAGAUAAGCAUGAGAUUGAAAAGGCCAGUAGACAUGAUGCAUCCAGCAUGGGGCUAACCGAUCCAGUGAAGUCAAUGCAAACCAAACCACUUAACUGGAGCAGUGACAAUAGGACAGCGGUACAUGAAGCCACCAACCAAAAAUCAGAAGAAUCAACUGAAGAGUCCAGUGUGAAAGCACCAGACAAUCCUCUACCAAAGGAAAAGCUGGCAGAAAUGGCACAAUGUAAGCUUCCACAAGCCGAAAAACCUAUCAUCACAGCUGCAACAGAACCUUUACCAAUCAUACCAUCAUUUAUAAAUAUGGACGAUCCAGAGAUGAGGUUCUUAUAUUUUAAACGAUUAGCUGCCGAAAGAAAAGCUGCAAAGUUGUCUAAGGAAUCUGCUGUUGCAGGCCCAGAUCUCCCAGAGAAUGUAACUGACACUAGCCUCAAAACGCCAGACAUAUCACAAAGUCUAGCUAACACUAAUAUGAAAAUGAAAGACAGCUCAGUGAUUGGGAAAGUACCUGCAGCUCAGGAGACCACACAGGAUCCAACAGAAACUCACACAGAGAAGCAUGAGAUUGAAAAGAUCAGCAGUCACAUUGCCACCAACAAGUCCCUGCAAAGCAAUACAUUUAAUUCGAGCAGUCGCAAUGUGACAGCGGUACAUGAAGCCACAAACCAAAAAUCUGAAGAAUCAACUGAGGAAUCCAGUGAGCAAUCACCUAAGGAUCCUCUACCAAAGGACAAAUCAAAGCUUGCAGAACUGGAACAGCUUAAGCUUUCACCUAAGGGAAAACCAAAAAUCAUUACAGCUCCAACAGAACUUUUACCAGUCACACCAUCAUUUAUAAAUAUGGAUGAUCCAGAGAUGAGAUUCUUGUAUUUUAAACAAUUAGCUGCCGAAAGAAAAGCUGCAAAGUUGUCUAAGGAAUCUGCUAUUGGAGGCCCAGAUCUCCCAGAGAAUGUAACUGGCACUACCCUCAAAAUGCCAAGCAUAUCAGAAAAUCUAGCUGACACUAAUAAAAUGACAGACAUCUCAGCAAUGAGGAAAGAACCAGCAGUUCAGGAAGCCACACAAAAUCCAACAAAAACUCUUAUUAACGAACCAUCCAUCUCCACCACAUCAGCAGAACCCAUUUCAAAAAAGCCAGAGAUCUCAGUAGCGCCACAGUUGGAAAACCAAAUUUCAGCAGUCAUACAUCCAGCAAGACCUGAUCUUCAAUAUAAGAACUCCCAACCGCCUGCUGAUGUCCCAGUGGCUACUAAUAGGUCACCAAAGUUGUUUGAAAAAGACAUUUCAAAACCACCUGAAGAUUCUCAAAGCCUGAACAUUUCUUGUGCCAUGAAAAUACACCAAAAUGCCUCUGACGCAGAGAAGCAUGAGAUUAAAAAUGCUAGUGGACAAAGUGCCACCAGCAAAACCUUAACCGAUCCAAGAAAGUCACUGCAAAACAAACCAUUUAAUUUGAGCAGUGACAAUGGUACAGUGUCACAUGAAGCCACAGACCAAAAAUCAAAAGAAUCAACAAGUGAGAAAUCGCCAAAGGAUUAUCUACCAAAAGAAGAAUCUAAACUUGCAGAAAUGGCUUCAGAGACUUCUAAGUUGUCUGUGGCCAGAGCCCUAGAUCUCUCAGAGAAUAUAACUGACAGUAGCCUGAAAACAGAAGAUAUCACUCUAAAUCUAACAGACACUAAUAUGAAAAUGACAGACAUCUCAGUAAUUGAGAAAGAACCUGCCUCUCAGGAAGCCACACAGAGUCAAAUAGAAACUCUCAUUGACAAGCCACUGACCUCCGUCACACCAGUGGACCCCAUUUCACACAUGCCAGAGGACAAGAACAUACACAGAGAUGCUACUGACACAGAGAAGCAUGAUAUUAAAAUAGCCAGUGGACAUAGUACCACUAGCAUGGCUCUAACUGAUCCAGGAAAGCCACUGAAAAACAAACCUGACUCUAACUCAAACCUCAGUUUAACAGGCAGUAAUUCAGAGGUCAAGCAGGAUGUCAAAGCUAUGGAGAUGCACACCCAGAACCCUAGGGGUGUCAUAGGAACACUAGGCAAUGAGAAAUUGGCAGAAGUGGUAGCAGAAGAUAAGACAGUUUCUGAGACUGUAUGUCCUCUUCCAGAAGCAUGCGAGAAGGCACCUUGCUUGGAAUCACAAAGCCACACCGAAGCAAAGCAAGCCACAGAAUUGGUGGUAACCAAGAGCAAAGAAGAGAAAGCUGACCAUAGGCCACAAUCAUCAGCUACUAACAAAGCCAGCCAAUCUCUUUACCAAACAUCCACCAACAGUGUGAUUUAUAGCUGCAACCUUAGAGAUGACACCAAGGUUAUCUUAGAGCAGAUCUCAGCCAACAGCCAAAACAGGGUUGAUCUGGCUAAGAAAGAUGAAGGGAGCACUGACGAUGCCAAAAUGGGUAAGGACGAAAGAAGCGCGGAUAUAGAAGGCAGACCUUCUAAACCCCAACAGGGUGGAACCAAGUUUCGGCAUACUCCGGUUGACCCACAAGAGAGGGAAAACCUUUUGAAGAAGAUGGAGAAAAUGCGCAAAGAAAAGAAAAUCUACAGUCGCUUUGAGAUGGGAUCAUGACCACAGAUCACAAACAGGGGAGGAGGUCAUUAGGAAGAGGAACCACACCCUUGACCUACUCAGUGAUGUUUCAAAGUCGGAAGAAAGGUCCAACACCAUGACGCAGCUACAGCCUUGGACCUUAAAACAUCUUUGUCUGCUGUACAAUAGCUUAACAGAGCUCUUACAAUAUUAGGUAAAUAAGUCAAAUGUGUGCCUGAUGUGUCUGCAUAUUGUUCACUUUAUGGAUUACACUCUGGCACUCUAGCUUCAUUGAACACUGUUUAAGACAUACUGUUUACAUCCUCACUGCUGCAUGUCUGUCCUGCUGCUUGCAUUUUUUAGGUUCAUAUCGCCACAGAGGGGAAAUCACAAUGCAGGUUUAGCCAGUAUGGGCCUUUCAAGCCUAUGCCAGCAUUAGCUAUGUGUGCAGAGUGUAUGCUAGCAUAUAUUAAUCUGUCAAUAUUAUAGUUGAUUGUCCAUAAUUCCGUUAGCAUCAAACUGAAAGUCUUUACUCAUUGCAGUUAGAUUGUUCUGUGUUUUUUUUCUUCUUUUAAAUCUAUGCAGAAUUUAGUUUAUACUGUUAUACAGUGAUAUAUAUAUAUAUAUAUAACAGUAUUAGGAUCAUAGCAAUAUUGAUCAUUUUUAUGUAAAUGGUACACCCUACAGCCUUGUCCUUGUGUGUGCUUUUAACUUUAUUUUAGUCCUACAAAUAUUUUUCUCAUCAUAGGCACAUUUAUUUCUUCACAAAUCGAGGGCAGUAUUUUAGUGAAAAUGUCCAAACAUUUGAAAGGAAUUAUAAGGAUUUAAAACAUUCACUCUACUAUGGAGCACUGAAAACAACAAUUGAAAUCUGGUUUUUCAUGGUUGUGGCAUGCAUCUUUUCACCUAUGUACAUAAAGUUUAUCACUGUUGUCUCAUUGAAGCUAGACAGUAAAGACUAAAGACUAGGCGUGUCAAACUAAAGCGAAUACCUAUAGAUGCUAGGGCCCUCCAGGACUAAAGUCCUUUCAGUCAGCGCGCCAAUUAAGCCCUCGAGAGCAAGGUUUGCGGAUUCUCCAGCCAAUCGAGGGGAAUUGUUCGCUUUCUGUAGUUAAAAAAAAAAAAAAGUUUUUUAGUUAUUGUGACAGUUUUGGUGUGCAGUGAAGAAUAUUUUAGACAUUCACAUAUGUUUCUGAUGACCUGCUGCCUCUACAGUAGCUGGUAUAGGGACAUUUGGGAGUUUGCGGUCUACUGCGAGAAAAUACACUUACGUUAACUCGCACAAAAGGUGCCAUUUAUGUAAAGAUUUACAACUUUGAUUGAUCAUUAUUAUGAUCAUGAUUAACAAUCAUUCAUUGUUGUUUGUGUGCUCUUAUUUGGAAUGGUAUUUUACUGAUAAAGCAUUCAUAUGGGCAGAGACAACAUAAGGUUAUAGAACAAAUGCAUCAUGAUUUUUAUUCUGCUAUAAUGAAGUUAUGUAUAAUAUUGUUACAGUAGUGGUGUCUCUUGCAUGGUUGGCCCCUAUCAAGGACUUUUGGUAUUACUGACAAACACAAGACACUAAACCAGGUUUCUAAUGGUGGAUUGUUCAAACCCCGAGCACCACCUGUCUGGACCAUAAAUUAUUUUGCUCUCCGCUCUACCUACUUAGUACUUAGCUUUCUGGGUCAUCAAAAUGGAGACCUAUCAGUCUUAAUCAUGUUGUCAACUUAAAUUGCACACAACCAUUAAUAGCCAUGUAGUUCUAGAUGCACAAAUUACUUUAAAUAAAAUAAUUGUACACUUCUGUUAAGGAGAAUUUACACAUAAUAAUAUUUGAUAAUUUUUGGUGGUGAUUGUAAUUGCACCAUUUGAUAAUUGCACGAGUCACAUUUACUGUAAAAGUGCAAAAGUUAUUUGGCAUCAGAGAACAGUUAUUUGUGAUCCAAUUACGAUUUUAAUCCUUGUAGUUUAGAAAAAGUGUUGCAGCAUGUGUCUGUGUGUGAUAGAGAGUGAGACAGAUUGAGAGACAGAAAAAGAGAUUUUUUUGAAUGUAAAUUGGUCUUAGAUGUGAGUGUAACAGAAUACUGCCACUGUCUAUUUAGUACAUUUUAUUUGUGACAAUGGUAGCAAUGUACAUGAAUUUUGCUAGAUAAACACUAUCUUUUCAUGAAAUGUGAGUGGUCAUUGAUAUUAACUUUUCUUGGGGGUGUUUUGCCUGUAAAAUAUGUGUCAGAUAUUCAGAAGAGAAGGCUCAAGAUACCACAAAUUCAUGUAUGUUAUCUCACAGGACAUUUGUUAAAAAUGUGUGGUGAUAGUGGGAACGUAACCACUUUGGUUCUAUUAAUCAUAAAAAUGAAUGCGUGGUUACACUUAAUCUCCCAGUUGUUAUUGUUUGUACAAGCCAUGUUGAUGUAUCUGUUAUUUUGUUUGCACAUGAACAGCUUUGUAGGGUAGAUCCCAGAAAAAGCAAAUUAACUGAAAAUGCAAGACUACUAAUUACUGUGUGACUGUAUUUGCGUAAGAACAGCACAAAUUAAAUAAAGCAAUAUUAUACAUAUGGGUCAAUAAGGUGACAUUUAAAUUUUGUGUCCCAUAUUUUUAUCCAAAAGGAAAAGCACAUACAGUACAGGCAAAACAAAACAAAAAAAAAUAUUAGACCACCUGUAGUUUUUUAAAAAUUAACUGUAUGGAGAGAAUUCAGUUAAUAUAUGCACAUUUAUUGAAUAAUAAACCAAAGUUCAUGUUUUUUAGCAAUUCCUGCCUACAAUAACACAAAAAGAUGAGUUACAUAAAAGUAAUCUUAGACUUUACUCGAAAUAGCAUCCUUUGGCUUUAAUUACAAUUAAUUAUUGGAAGUGUAUCCAAUCAUUUUGCAAAGUGGGAGGUUCAGGGGUAAUUAAAUUGAGUGAAACCUUAUCUAUCUUAAGUUUUUUAUGUUAGCCUAAUGCCUUCUUUGCCAUAUUUCUUGCAGCUUUAGUGCCUGUUUUACUGAGACUACAAGCCAAUGGUAUUAAGAAACUUUUAAGAAACUUUAGGUACAUACGAUUUCAGUCAAUUUAACUUCCCCCUCCACCUCCCUCCGACCCAAUAUGAAUGGAUGGACUUCCAAUAAGAUGCUUAAUUGUAAUUAAAGCCAAAGGAGGCUAGUUUUAGGAAAGCCGUGUCUAAGAUUAUAAAAAACUCAUGAAGUAAAACUCAUCUAUUUGUGUUAUUGUAGGUAGAAAUUGAAAAAAAAAACGUUUAUUUUUUUAUUUUUUGUUCCAUAAAUGCACAUAUACAGACAGAAUUGUACUCCUCCUGUUUUUUUUUUUUUUUUUUUAAACACAGGUGGCCUACAUUAUAAUACCCUGUACUGUACAUGUGCAGGUAAUAUUGUGUAAUUGGCCAAAGAACAACUCAAGCACCAUUUAAUUUCUCUGGCAUGAUUUUUGUGAGAGUAUAUACUGUACUGUAUGUAACUGUUUCUGUACACUGCAAUAUGAUAAAGAAAUUAUACAGUUGCAAGAAAA